CAAAAAAAUAAAAAAUUUCACAAAUCCAAAUAUUCAGGGAAAAAAAAAAAAAGGAAAAAACAAGCACACAAGCAAAUAGCCAACUAAUUUCCCUCGAAAUCAUCAUCACUCCCACCUAAAUCACAGUCAAUUCCUUCUCCCGAAUUCUAAGCCAAAUCUCUCUCUCUCUCUCUCUCUCUCUCUCAAGAGCUCUCAGCAAACUGAGACAAAAUGGCCGAAGAAAAAGAGUCAUCGUCGGUUCCUCUAAGUCAGGCUGAGAAUGGUAUUCUAGAUCCCGAAGAUCCAGCCAAGUCUCCUCCAAGCUCCCCCAAUUCCUCUACUCGUAAGGCUUGCUGCUUUGUUCUCCAAAGUUGGGUCUCAAAGAAGUUUAUGACUGGAUGUGUAGUUCUUUUUCCUGUUGCUGUUACGUUCUUUGUUACAUGGUGGUUUAUUCAGUUUGUUGAUGGUUUCUUCAGUCCACUCUAUGCUCAGCUUGGCAUCGACAUCUUCGGACUUGGAUUUGUCACAUCCUUACUUUUUGUAUUCUUUGUUGGUGUUUUUGUUUCAUCGUGGAUGGGUGCCACUGUUUUCUCGCUUGGAGAAUGGAUCAUAAAGAAAAUGCCUUUUGUUAAGCAUAUCUACUCUGCCUCCAAACAAAUUAGUGCUGCAAUUUCUCCAGACCAGAAUACCACAGCUUUUAAAGAGGUGGCAAUUAUCCGUCACCCACGUGUUGGCGAAUAUGCAUUUGGGUUUAUUACAUCAACUGUCACCCUUCAGAGAGAUAAUGAAGAUGAGGAGUUGUGUAGUGUUUUUGUCCCAACAAAUCAUCUAUACAUAGGCGAUAUAUUUCUUGUAAACUCCAAAGAGAUCAUAAGACCAAAUCUGUCUAUUCGAGAAGGCAUAGAGAUAAUUGUUUCUGGGGGUAUGUCAAUGCCCCAAAUCAUUUCUCCUCAACAAAGGAUUGCCCAGCAGAUUGAGAAAAUUCCGUUGAACAGAAUAAAGUGAUUGCAUCAAACUGAGACGUUUCUGGUAAUUUUAUGUGCCAUGAUGUAUGAAGCAUCAAAGUGUUCUCUGUUCGCUGGAAUGAUGAGAUUAGGGUUGUUCAUAGCAGUAGGCUUUUAGAGGAAAUAUUAUGCUAUUUUCAGUUUUGUAGUUAUACUCACAUUGGGAAGUGCAUUUGUAUACCAUAUGAUUAAAUGAUGUAUCGUCUAUGUUUAUUUAGACAAAAAGGGCUGGAGUCUCAAUGACAUGAUUCUUUACG